CAUCCAUCCAUCCGUCCGUCCGUCCGUCCAUCCAUCCACCCGUCCGGGCCACGGCGCUCCCCUCGGCGCAGCCCGGCGCCGGCAUGGAGGAGGAGGAGGAGGCGCCGUGGCGGGGCCGGGCCCCCCACGAGCUGUCUGCCACGGCGGUGCUGCGGACCUUCUCCGUGGAGGCCAGCCAGGGGCUGAGCCCGGCCCAGGUGCUCCGCAGCCGGGACAAGUACGGGCCCAACGAGCUCCCGGCCGAGGAGGGGAAGUCCCUCUGGGAGUUGGUGCUCCAGCAGUUCGAAGACCUCCUGGUUCGUAUCCUCCUCCUGGCCGCCUUCGUCUCCUUUGUGCUGGCCUGGUUAGAGGAGGGGGAAGAGACGGUCACCGCGUUCGUGGAGCCGAUCGUCAUCCUCCUCAUCCUCCUCGCCAAUGCCGUCGUGGGCGUGUGGCAGGAGAGGAACGCGGAGAGCGCCAUCGAGGCACUGAAGGAGUACGAGCCGGAGAUGGGGAAGGUGAUCCGCGCGGGCCGCCAGGGCGUGCAGAGGAUCCGGGCCCGCGACAUCGUCCCCGGGGACAUCGUCGAGGUGGCAGUCGGUGACAAGGUCCCGGCCGACAUCCGCAUCAUCGAGGUCAAGUCCACCACGUUGAGAGUGGACCAGUCCAUCCUCACAGGUGAAUCCGUGUCGGUGACCAAGCACGCGGACCCCAUCCCGGACCCCCGCGCUGUCAACCAGGACAAGAAGAACAUGCUGUUUUCGGGCACCAACGUCGCCGCGGGCAAGGCGACGGGUGUGGUGGUGGCCACGGGCAUCCGCACGGAGAUCGGCAAGAUCCGGGAGCAGAUGGUGGCCGGGGCAGCGGCGGAGCGGACGCCGUUGCAGCAGAAGCUGGACGAGUUCAGCCAUCAGCUGUCCAAGGUCAUCUCGCUGGUGUGCGCGGCCGUCUGGCUCAUCAACAUCGGCCACUUCGGCGACCCCGUCCACGGCGGCUCCUGGCCGCGAGGCGCCGUCUACUACUUCAAGAUCGCCGUGGCCCUGGCCGUGGCCGCCAUCCCCGAGGGCCUGCCGGCCGUCAUCACCACGUGCCUGGCUCUGGGCACCCGCCGCAUGGCCAAGAAGAACGCCAUCGUCCGGAGCCUGCCUUCCGUGGAGACGCUGGGCUGCACCUCGGUCAUCUGCUCCGACAAGACUGGCACCCUGACCACCAACCAGAUGUCUGUGUGCCGGAUGUUCAUCCUGGACAAAGUGGAGGAACAGGGCUGCAGCCUACACGAGUUCAGCAUCACCGGCUCCACCUACGCCCCCGAAGGCUCUGUGCUGAAGGACGGUGUCCCCGUGCGCUGCGGCCAGUACGACGGGCUCGUGGAGGUGGCCACCAUCUGCGCCCUCUGCAAUGACUCCUCUUUGGACUACAACGAGGCCAAGAAAGUGUACGAGAAGGUCGGAGAGGCCACGGAAACGGCGCUGACCUGCCUGGUGGAGAAGAUGAAUGUGUUCGACGUGGACCUCCGCUCCCUCUCCGAGGUGGAGCGGGCCAGCGCCUCCAAUUCGGUGUUCCGACAGCUGAUGAGGAAGGAGUUCACCCUGGAGUUCUCCCGGGACCGCAAGUCCAUGUCUGUGUACUGCUCGCCCACCGGGUCCGGCACCCCCAAGUCCGGCAGCAAGAUGUUUGUGAAGGGGGCCCCCGAGAGUGUCAUCGAGCGCUGCAGCUCCGUGCGGGUGGGCAACCGCGCGGUCCCGCUCACCAACACGGUGCGGGAGGCCAUCCUGGCACGCAUCCGGGCGUGGGGCACGGGCAGCGACACCCUGCGCUGCCUGGCGCUGGCCACCCGGGAUGACCCGCCCAGGAGGGAGGAGAUGCAGCUGGAGGACGCCACCCAGUUCGCCGCCUAUGAGAGCCAGCUGACGUUGGUGGGCUGCGUGGGCAUGCUGGACCCCCCGCGCCAGGAGGUGAGCGCGUCCAUCGAGCUGUGCCGCCAGGCGGGCAUCCGCGUGGUCAUGAUCACCGGGGACAACAAGGCCACGGCCGUGGCCGUCUGCCGGCGCAUCGGCAUCCUGUCCCAGACGGAGGAGGCGGCCGGCCGGGCCUUCACCGGCCGUGAGUUCGACGACCUGACGCCGGAGGAGCAGCGGCGCGCCUGCGGGUCGGCCUGCUGCUUCGCCCGUGUGGAGCCCGCCCACAAGUCCAAGAUCGUCGAGUACCUGCAGUCCUUCCACGAGAUCACCGCCAUGACGGGCGACGGAGUGAACGACGCCCCGGCGCUGAAGAGGGCGGAGAUCGGCAUCGCCAUGGGGUCCGGCACGGCAGUGGCCAAGUCGGCGGCGGAGAUGGUGCUGUCGGACGACAACUUCUCCACCAUCGUGGCGGCCGUGGAGGAGGGCCGCGCCAUCUACAACAACAUGAAGCAGUUCAUCCGUUACCUCAUCUCCUCCAACGUCGGCGAGGUGGUCUGUAUCUUCCUGACGGCCGUCCUGGGGCUGCCCGAGGCCCUGAUCCCCGUCCAGCUGCUGUGGGUCAAUUUGGUGACCGACGGGCUGCCAGCCACGGCCCUGGGCUUCAACCCCCCGGACCUGGACAUCAUGGAGAAGAAGCCCCGUGACCCCCGGGAGCCCCUCAUCAGCGGCUGGCUCCUCUUCCGCUACCUGGCAAUCGGGGUGUACGUCGGGCUGGCCACAGUGGGUGCCGCCACUUGGUGGUUCCUGUACGACGCCGAUGGGCCGCAAGUCACCUUCCACCAGCUGAGAAACUUCAUGAGAUGCACAGAGCGCAACCCACUCUUUGAAGGGGUGGACUGUGGGGUCUUUGAAUCCCACUACCCCACCACCAUGGCGUUGUCGGUGCUGGUGACCAUCGAGAUGUGCAACGCCCUCAAUAGCAUCUCCGAGAACCAGUCGUUGUUGCGGAUGCCACCGUGGCUCAACUGGUGGCUGAUGGGGGCCAUCGUGAUGUCUAUGGCCCUGCAUUUCAUCAUCCUCUACGUCAAGCCCAUGCCGCUCAUCUUCCAGGUGACCCCCUUGAGCUGGGCCCAGUGGUUGGUGGUGAUGCAGAUCUCCUUCCCGGUCAUCCUGCUGGAUGAGGGGCUGAAGUUCCUCUCUCGCCACUACCCGGAGGGGGAGAAGGACAAAAAGUGACUGGGAGGCCGGCAGAGCUGGCAGAGCCGCUGAGGGGCCCAGGUGGCACCGAAGACCCCGAGGGCACCCAUCCCCGGCAGCCAGCCGGGCCUGCGGAGACCGAGCCACUGGCCCCCGGGGUCCUGGCCCAAUCUAGUGCAGGGGAAACCUGUAUUUUUAUUCUGUCGCAUUCCCGGGGGGGGCCUGGGGGUCCCUUCUGCUGGGUCUGGAGUACCCCUACCCCCCCCACCCACCCCGCCUUCUGGACUGCCUCUCUCCCCACGACCCUCUCUGUGUGGGCCAGUGAGGGUGAGCAAAGCCGGCCCUCUGGGGACCGCCCGCUCGGGCACACGGUGGGGGCCGCUGGGAGCUCGGGGAUGUCCCAGAGAUUGGCUUGGCAGGCAGGGUGCCUUGCCCUCAGCUGCCAAGCAAGUUGCCACUUUCUGGGGCUGCCCCACCACCCCCGACCCGGGGCCCUUCUCCUUCUCCCGGUUUGUUCUCUAGGCUCCCUGUAUUCCAUCUAUGUCUCCCUCUGCCCCUCUGUGACUGAAGAACAAGGCUGGUUCCCUCCACGCUCCAUGGUUCUGUUUCACCGGGUCUGCUGGGUAAGGGGGUGUGCAUGGAGGGGAGAAAUCUCCCCUCUGCUCAGCUCCCACCCACAGCACCCAGGGGCAAAGCCAGAGCUGGAGGCCAAGAGGAGUGGACAACGUCCUCCUCCUCCUCCCUGUCCCCCUCUUCCCCCUCUUUCCUAUGUCCCUCCUCCCAGCAUCCUGUCUACUCCUUG